AUGAGCAAACUCAAGAAGACCAAGGUUGCAAAAGCAGGAUUGGGGAACAUUUCCACCUUCUUCAGUCCUUCAAAAAAGGAUGUGGAAAAUGUUGAGAGGUCGGAUGAAAGCAAUGGAGACUCCUGUUUUACCGUCAUUACGGAUUUACCUGAAGAGGAAGUAAAGAAUGGUGCAAAUAGAUGUGAUGAGGAGAAGCUUGCAGAGGAUCCAGCGACUGCAGCAAAUGUGGAUCUGAACUUACUGGACAGCAUGUUGGAUGAGAACUGGUUCACAGAGGACAUGCAGUCAAUUGAAAGCAAACCUAAAAAACUCAGAAAAGUGCCAGACCAUGUAAUCCUAUCUGCUGGAGCCAAUAACCGCUAUUGGGUUUUGGAUGUUCAAGAAAAACCUGGCUCAAAGAUCCUGACAAUCUCGAGCCAUAAAUCUCUAGAACUGACUGAGACGUGUUUGCUUAAAGAUGGGUGGGAGACAUCCCCUGUUUUGCACGGGGAUGUGAUACAUCUUGAGGGUUUCCUCGAAAACGGAUCGUGGAAAGUGGACCGGGAGCAUGGGUUUUUGGUUUUGCACCCCGACACUCUGAUCUCGGGGACCAGUAUCGCAAAUGGCAUCAGAUGUAUGAGGAGAGCUGUGCUAUGCGACAUGUUUAAGUCAUUUGAUGGUUCAAAGCAGAUGCUGAAUGGUACAAUAGUUCAUGAAGUAUUUCAAAAGGCAGCCAUGGCCAAGAACUUCUCCUCAGAGAAACUUCUCAAAUUGGGCAAUCAGGCCUUGCAAAGUCCUCUGCACUUGUCUGACAUGUACAGUCUGGGAGUAACAGAAGCAGAAAUGAGGCAGGAAUUACUGGAUUAUUUGCCUUCUCUCGAGCUAUGGGCUCGGGAUUACCUUGACGCCCACUCACCAAAAUCCAUUCCUCUCAGAAUUCCACGCUCUGGCAGAUGUCAGGACACCGCGGCCGUCACCAUCACUGAGCUGGCAGAUAUCGAGGAGAAUGUGUGGUCCCCAAAAUUCGGCUUGAAGGGAAAAAUAGAUUUGACCGCACAAGUGUCCAUCCAAAGAGCAAGAAAUACAAGUGUCCGCACGGCUGAAACAAAAACAGUUCCACUUGAACUCAAAACGGGCAAAGAGUCCAACUCCAUAGAGCACCGCAGUCAGGUGAUUCUUUAUACUUUGAUGAGCUCUGAGAGAUACAACACAGAAACUGGCUUCCUGCUUUACCUGAAGAGUGGCAAUGUGCAUCCUGUUGUAGCUGGACACAUGGAUCGCAGAGAGCUCAUAAAGAUAAGAAACACUCUGGCUCAUCAUAUUCAUCACAGCAUUGAAAAAAGUGAUGAUAAAAGUAGUCUGUGUAGUCUACCAGAGAUCGUGUCCAACAGACAAACCUGCCAGUACUGUCCCCAAAGGAGAAACUGUGCACUGUAUGAAAGAGUCCUAAAAGAUGACCCUGAGCAUUUAACGGAUGUACUUUGUGACUUUUUGGACGAAGAGAUCGGUCACAUUACUGUCCCGCACCUAAGAUACUUCUCCCACUGGCUCCUGCUCUGUUGUCUUGAGGCUGCAACUAUGGAAUCUAAAAACCGACGGAAAAAUGUGUGGCUUCAAUCCCCUGAGGAAGGUGAAAAGAAAGGCAGCUGUAUCGGUAACCUUGAGAUCUGCGGUCCAGUGGAGACAAAGUCCGAUGGGGUUUUCCUCCACCGCUUUAAGAGAAGUCUGGCAUCAGCAGUGGGUCUGGCUUCUGGAGACCGCAUCGUUCUUAGCGACCAGGAAGGACGUUUUAUUGGGUUAGCAACCGGCUACGUGUGUGAAGUUGGCAACACCUUUGUCAGCUGUACCCUGGACAGAGAUGUGUCCCAGUUCCACAGUGUUCUGUUUCGAAUGGACAGUGAUGAAGGAGUGGUGGGAUUAAACACUCACCUCACUAACAUCUCCAGGCUCAUGGACAACUCUGCUGACAGUGAUCGUUUGAGAGACCUCGUCAUUGACUUUCGGGCUCCUGAGUUCAUCUCCAACCUCAGCUCAGUUUUGCCAAGAGAAGCCAAAGACACUGUGGCCAAUAUCCUCAAAGGUCUCAACAAACCUCAAAAACAAGCUAUGAAAAAGGUUCUUUUAUCUAAAGACUACACAUUGAUUGUAGGGAUGCCCGGUACAGGAAAGACCACCACAAUUUGCACUUUGGUCCGUAUACUACACGCGUGUGGGUUCAGUGUGCUGCUGACCAGCUACACUCACUCUGCUGUCGACAACAUCCUGCUGAAACUUAAACGAUUUCAAGUCGGGUUUCUGCGCCUUGGCCAGGGACACAAGGUUCAUCCAGAUAUUCUACCGUUCACUGAAGAAAUUGCAAGAAAGAAAGUUCAAACGCUGUCCGACUUGGAGAAGCUUUAUAACAAAGAGCUGGUUGUGGCAACAACAUGUAUGGGAAUCAAACACCCAAUUUUUUCUCGCCGCAAAUUUGAUUUUUGCAUAGUAGAUGAAGCUUCUCAAAUCAGCCAGCCGAUCUGCCUUGGGCCACUGUUUUAUGCGAAACGAUUUGUCCUUGUGGGUGAUCAUCAACAACUGCCGCCAAUCGUCCAAAACCAGGAAGCAAGGUCUUUAGGGAUGGACGAAAGCCUCUUUAAACGCCUUGAGUGCUACAGUGAAGCAGUGGUACAACUAAAUGUGCAAUACAGAAUGAACAGGCAGAUCAUGUCUCUCAGUAAUUCGCUCAUGUAUGAAGGCCGCCUGGAGUGCGGCUCGGAGCGUGCCGCCUGCGCACAGGUCACACUGCCCUUCCUGCUCUCUGUCCAAUCAGAGCUCAGUUCGCACUCAAAGGACCACCCACAACAUGACCUGUCAUGGAUUCGGAAUGCACUACUACCGGACAAUGCAGUUUGCUUCCUGGACUGUUCAGUGGUUCCAGCUUUGGAGUCAGUGGAGCAAGGCGGUGUGAGCAAUCAAACAGAGGCAGAAGUUGUUCAUUUACUGGUGUCACUGCUCAUAAAGGCUGGGUGUAAACCAAGUGACAUCGGCGUGAUUGCUCCGUAUCGACAGCAGCUGAAAUCCAUCUCUGGUCUGCUUCAGUCGUCUGCUUUUGUAGAGGUGGAGGUCAAUACGGUGGACAAGUACCAAGGCCGGGACAAGAGCGUAAUCGUGCUCUCUUUUGUGAGGAGCACAACGGAGGAGGGAAACUUGGGAGAGCUGCUGAAGGACUGGCGUCGCCUGAAUGUGGCCAUCACCAGAGCGAAACACAAGCUUCUGAUGGUGGGUUCCGCCUCUACACUGCGCCGGUACGAGCCAGUGGAUAAACUACUCCAACAUCUCCAGCAAGAGAAUAUGUUGAUAAAGCUCCCUCCUGCGGCUCACAAGAGUCUUCCCAGAUUCCAACUGUGA